AUGCCCAAAGUUUUCGUUCUCUAUUACUCUACAUACGGACACGUCCAAACCUUGUCUCGUCAUAUUAAAAAGGGCCUUGAAUCUCAAGGCGUCGAAGUUGAGACUUAUCAGGUGCCCGAGACAUUGCCUGAAGAUGUCCUUGAAAAGAUGCACGCCCCUCCCAAAUCCGAUGAUCCCGUAAUUACUGUUGAUAAGCUCAAGGAAGCCGAUGGCUUCAUGCUCGGUAUCCCCACUCGCUUUGGUUCCAUGCCUGCCCAAUGGAAGUCGUUCCUUGAUGCCACUGGUCAAUUGUGGGCUUCAGGUGCCUUGGCUGGCAAAUUUGCUGGUAUUUUCUUUUCUACUGCAUCGCAGCAUGGUGGUCAGGAAAGCACUGCAUGGACAACCAUCACUUAUCUUGCACAUCACGGCAUCAACUACGUUCCUUUUGGAUUCGCCAAUACACAUCUUUUCGACAAUUCAGAAGUUGUAGGUGGUUCAGCUUAUGGUGCAGGCACUGUUGCCAACGGUGAUGGUUCCCGUCAACCCUCUGAGAAAGAACUCUCUAUUGCAGAAACUCAAGGUGAAAACUUUGCAAAACUUUUGAACACCAUGCACAAAGGCCAAGGUGCUGCCUCUCAAGAAGAAAUCAAGGAAGAAAAGAAGGAAAAGACCUCCCAACAAGAUAAGCCCAAGGAAGCUCCCACCACAACCACUCGCGCUGCUGCUGCUCCCAAGCCUGCACCUAAGGAUGAUGAGGAGCCCAAAAAGAAGAACAAGUGCUUCUGCAUGUAA